AUGACUCUGGGCAAUGCUAGUGCUCCAAAAUUCUUCAUUCUCCUGGGUUUCUCCAGCCAUCCUUGGUUGGAAAUGCCCCUCUUCAUAGUGGUGCUCAUUGCUUAUAUCUGCACACUAGUGGGAAAUAUCUCAAUUAUUGUGGUAUGCAGGGUGGACCCUCACCUUGACAGUCCCAUGUAUUUCUUCCUUUCCAACCUCUCCUUCUUGGACCUGUGUUUUACCACAACCACCAUCCCUCAGCUGCUGCUGAACCUGUGGGGCCCAGACAAGUCCAUCAGUUAUGGCGGCUGUGUGACCCAGUUCUACAUAUUUCAUUUCCUGGGGGCCACGGAGUGCAUACUCCUGGCUGUGAUGUCCCUGGAUCGUUACAUUGCCAUCUGCAAGCCCCUGAGGUACCCUGCUACCAUGCACCAGCACCUCUGCAUUCUCCUAGUGGCCAUGGCAUGGCUCAGUGGUUUGGCAAACUCCUUGCUGCAGUCAUCCCUCACUGUCCAGCUGCCACUCUGUGGUAAAAACAAGGUGGACAACUUCCUUUGUGAGGUCCCUGUGAUGAUCAAGAUGUCCUGUGCAGACACUACGUUCAAUGUGGCUAUGCUCUCCAUCGUUGGGACAUUCUAUUCCUUGGUUCCUCUGUCACUUAUCCUUGUUUCCUAUGGGUUCAUUUUAGCUUCUGUGCUUAGCAUUCAGUCCUCAGAGGGGAAGAAGAAGGCCUUUAAUACAUGUGGUGCCCAUGUCUUGGUUGUAUCUCUCUUCUAUGGGCCAGUAAUUAGCAUGUAUGUACAGCCCUCCUCCACUAACUCCCAAGAUAAGGACAAAAUCAUGUCCCUAUUCUACAGUUUGGUGACUCCCAUGCUUAAUCCUUUUAUCUACACUUUGAGAAACUCGGACAUGAAAGGAGCGAUGAAGAGGCUUCUCAUGGUACUACACCAGCAGAGAACAGAACAAAGGUAA